UUUGAUAUAGGAAUUCGAUUUUUUUUUGUGUCGGAAGUGUGCAGUUUACACAAUAUAUUAAACUAUUUAUUAAUUUUUAAUUAAAUAUUUAAUUAUAAUGGGUUAUACCUCUAGUUUAUAAGCUUGUAACAAUGUCUAAGUGGACAUAUGUAAAAGAUCGUGCGAAGUAUGGAGUCGCUGUAUGCAACUUUCAGCAAAAUGGAACUCAUAGACUUCACUUGUUGGUGGGUGAAACCGUUUAUAUUUUGCAGGAAAAUUCUGAUUGGUUUUAUGGUUGCUCAACAAAGAAUAAGAAUAUUUGGGGUAUAUUCCCAAAAUCCUACGUCUCUGUUAAGGAAUCCAUAAUUGAUAAAACGGGGCCACAUGAAGCAAUUAUUCCUAGAGAGCCUCCAAUCAUUCAAGAAAUUACCGCUGUACUACGUGAAUGGGGCAGUAUUUGGACACAACUUUAUGUGCUGCGGGAUCCUGACUUUGAGGUUAUUCGAAUUAUGAUGUAUGAAUUAAUUGAAUGGCGAAGAAAGAUCAUGUCUGGCACACUACCUGUGGACGAAUUAAAGGAAUUAAAACAAAAAUCUACUGCUAAAAUUGAUUAUGGCAAUGCAAUUCUUGGGUUAGAUCUUAUUGUUCGAGAUGAACAUGGAAAUAUUUUAAAUCCAGAUGUUACAAGUGCUAUUGAUUUGUACAGAGCUCACGAAUCUGCUACUCAACGAAUAAAGUCAACUGGAAAUAAUUCUUUUGAAGAAGAAAACAAAAUCCAGAAGUCUUCUUUAAGAUUUGUUCACAGCUUUUAUGUAACAGUUAAAAAUUUUGUCUGUCAAGUUGGUGACGAUGCUGAUUUGCUGCUUACUCUUUAUGAUGCUAAAGAAGGAAAAUAUAUAAGUGAAAAUUAUUUGUUAAAAUGGAGCAAAGAAGGUUUAGCCAAAGAUUUGGAACAAUUGAAUAAUUUAAGAGUUUUAUUUACGGAUUUGGGAAGCAAAGAUCUAGUCAGAGAAAAACUUUUUCUUGUGUGUCAAAUCAUUCGCAUUGGUGCUAUGGAAUUUAAAAAUCACGAACAUAAAAGAUCAACACAUAUUCAACGCAAAUCAUCUGAUGGUCUGAGGAGGCCUUUUGGUGUUGCAGCCAUGGAAAUCACAGACAUCAUUAAUGGAAAACUAGAGAGUGAUGAAGAAAAACAAUAUUUUAUUCCUUUCAUUCAGUGCAGCGAAAGAGAUUUUCUUGAUAAUUUGUUGAGAAAAGCAUUAUCUUCUAAAGAGUUGUCGCAAAAGGAACAUAAGGGUCAAGGAUUGUGGAUUUGUAUGAAGCUGUUACAUGGUGAUCUGAAGCAAGUUAAAGAGGAAAAUCCUCAUCUUAUAAGUCCAUCUACUGCCAUAGCUCGUAAAAUGGGUUUCCCGGAUAUUAUCUUACCUGGAGAUGUUCGUAAUGAUUUAUAUCUAUCCAUAUCACAUGGUGAAUUUACAAAAGGAACCAAAUCAUCUGACAGAAAUAUAGAAGUGUCUGUCAAAGCAUUGAAUGAAAAAGGACAAGUUAUUCCAGAUGUUAUAAGUCUAGGCACUGGGUCUGAUCCGAUGAACGAAUAUAGAAGUGUUAUUUAUUAUCACGAAGAUAAACCAAAAUGGAUGGAAACUAUCAAAAUUGCUAUACCCAUUGAAGAAUUUUACAAUGCUCAUUUGAAGUUCACCUUUAAACAUCGUUCAUCAAAUGAUGCAAAAGAUAGGGCUGAAAAAGCUUUUGCGGUAGCAUUUGUAAAACUUAUGCAAGAAAAUGGUACUACACUGAAAGAUGAAACACAUGAACUUCUUGUUUAUAAGAUUGAUUACAAACGAUUUGAUGAUUUAGAUAUAAGUUAUUUGAAGUUACCUUCAACUCGCCAGGAGCUUGAAAAAUAUAUAUCUGCAAACUGCCCACCCACUCCAACUAAAAAUAAUAACAAUGUUAUAACAUCAAAUGGAUUGACUCUAACCCCUAAAGAUAGUUUUUAUAUUAGUUCACUAGUUUGCUCUACAAAAUUGACUCAAAAUGUGGAUCUGUUGGGACUUUUAAAAUGGUGGUCUAAUCCAGAGAAUCUUGAAAGUAAUCUUGUGUCACUUAUGAAAGUGGAUGGGGAAGAAGUUGUAAAAUUCUUACAAGAUACUUUGGAUGCUUUAUUCAACAUUCUAAUGCAGAAUUCAGACUCAGAAUUGUAUGACAAUUUAGUUUUUGAAGCUCUAAUAUUUAUUAUUGGUUUGGUAUCUGAUCGAAAAUAUCAUCACUUCAGACCAAUCUUAGAUUUAUACAUUAAAGAAAAUUUUAGUGCAACUUUAACUUACAACAAAUUAAUUGUUGUUUUGAAGCAGUAUGUUGAUAAUGCUGGUCUAAAAGAAAAUCAGGAAAUUCUGCUACGUACAAUGAAGUCAGUUGAAUAUAUUUUUAAGUUCAUUGUCCGUUCUCGGCAAUUAUUUGCUGCUUUGAAUGAAGACAAAGGAAGGGAACAGUUUGAGCUUUCUCUGAAAGAAUUGCUUCACUCCCUUACUGCUAUGAUGCUUUAUGUAACAGAUUCUACAUUACUUGUUCAGGGUGCUUGUCUAAAGUAUUUUCCAUUUGCCAUACCUGAUAUUUUAACUGUCUUUGAUGGAAUGGAAUUGAGUAACAUUCUGGUUCAGUUAAUUAAUAGUGUUCCUCAAGAUCGUCUCACAAGACAAAAAAUGUUAUGUGUAAAUGAUCUAGUCCAUAGUGAGCUUUUUCAAAUACCAGAGUGUCGUAUUAUUUUGUUACCCAUGAUUUGCAAGCAAAUCAAAACUCUUCUUGAAAAGCGUAAAGAUGAAUUGGACCUUUCUGCUAAGAUUAUGAGUGAUAUAAUGAUCUUACUUUAUAGUCGUACUGGUGGUGCUACACACAACGAUAUAUCUGAGAUAAUGUUGUCAGUUUUAAGAACUAUUAUUCAAUGUGUUGUCCAUUUGAGCCGGGAUAAUUCCUUAGUAGGAAAUGUGGUGGCCAUAAUGAUAUCUGUUCUUAGGCAAAUGACACCAUACCAUUACACUCAAUAUAUAAAUAGUUUCCUUACUAAAACGGAUCUCCUUGAUUUUAUUAUGGAAAUUUUGUUAGUAUUUCGAGAUUUAGUGAGCAAGUCAGUGUAUCCAUCUGAUUGGAAUGAGAUGAUUAUGUUGCAAAACAGUGUUAUAUUGAAAGCUUUGCGACAUUUCUCUGUGACAAUAAGGGACCGUUUCCAAAAUCCAUUUGAAAUUCAGGUUUGGAAUAAUUUUUUUCACUGUGCCAUAGCUUUUCUUACUCAGAAUGCUCUACAAUUGGAAAAUUUUUCUCAAAAUAAAAGAAACAAAAUUGUUUUAAGAUAUAAGGAUAUGCGUCGAGAAACUGCAUUUGAAAUUAGGGCUAUGUGGUUCAAUCUUGGACAACACCAGAUUCAUUUUGUGCCUGGAAUGGUGGGUCCCUUUCUGGAAAUGACCUUGAUUCCGGAAAUGGAACUGAGGAAAGCUACUAUUCCAAUAUUUUUUGAUAUGAUGCAAUGUGAAUUUUACUCUAGUCGCAUCUCCUCUAACUCUCAUCCUGAUGAUUAUUUUUCAAACCGUGAUGUAAAAUACAAUUUUGAUGAGUUUGAGUAUGAAAUGAUCACAAAGUUGGAUACAUUGGUGGAAGGUGGACGAGGUGAUGAAGAAUAUAAAGAAUUAUUUUUGGACAUUGUUGGUGGACUGUGCGAAAAUCAUCAAACAAUGCAUGAAAAAGGCAUGGGUUUUGUUAGAACUGUUGUAAGAUUAAUGAAAAGACUUUUGGAAUAUCGUGCAAUAGUCACAGAUGAAAAUAAGGAAAAUAGAAUGAGUUGUACUGUUAAUCUUUUGGAAUUCUAUCAUGAGAUCAAUCGAAGGGAGAUGUAUAUUAGAUAUCUGUAUAAGCUUUGUGAACUUCACCUGGAUUGCGAAAAUUAUGUAGAAGCCGCUUUUACUUUAAAGCUUCACGCUAAAUUAUUGCGGUGGAGUGAUGAGCCAUUAUCACAGCUGUUAAAAAAUGACAAACAUCCCACCUGUGAGACUCAUCGAGAACUGAAGGAAUGUUUAUACUAUGACAUUAUCAAUUAUUUUGAUAAAGGAAAACUUUGGGAAGCCGGUCUUGCCCUCUGUAAAGAAUUAGUCACUCAAUAUGAGAACGAAGUAUUUGACUACAUUCAACUGAGUGCUUUGUUAAAGAGAAUGUCAGUAUUUUAUGAUAACAUAAUGAAGCAAGUUCGUCCCGAACCUGAAUAUUUUCGGGUGGCUUAUUACGGUAAAAAAUUCCCUACGUUCUUACAAAAUAAGGUGUUUGUAUAUAGAGGAAAACCCUAUGAACUUUUAACUGAUUUCAGUAGCAGGCUGCUGAAUCAGUAUCCGAAUGCACAAUUGAUGACAAAACUAGCUCCUCCUGGUGAGGAUAUAACAGAAUCAGAUAAACAAUACUUGCAAAUUAACAAAAUCGAUCCUGUGAUGCACGAAAGGGAACGUUUCAGGAACAAGCGUGUUCAUGACCAGAUUUUGAAGUACUAUAAAGUAAAUGAAGUUCAGAAGUUCACAUACUCUCGUCCCAUAAGGAAAGGCGAGAAAGAUUCUGACAAUGAAUUCGCCACGAUGUGGUUAGAAAGGACUAAUCUUGUGAUAUCUUAUCCUCUGCCCGGGAUCUUGCAUUGGUUUCCUGUUACUAAUUCUCAGUCAAUUGAAAUCAGUCCCUUGGAGAAUGCCAUCGAGACAAUGGAAAGCACCAAUAGGAAGAUUUGUAGCCUAGUUCUUCAACAUAAAUGUGAUCCAAAUCUUCCAAUCAAUCCACUCAGUAUGCUUCUGAAUGGCGUUGUCGACGCUGCUGUGAUGGGAGGAAUUAUAAAUUAUGAAAAAGCAUUUUUUACGGAUGAUUACAUUUCAAAGCAUAAUUCUAGAAAAGAUGUUGAGGGCAUACAAAAAUUAAAAGAUGUAAUUGCUCGACAGGUACCUUUACUAGAGGCUGGUAUUGCAAUUCAUAAAGUUAAAGCACCAGAAAGUUUAAAACCUUUUCACCAACACAUGGAAGAAUCUUUUCGAAAACUAAGAGCUAAUAUUGAAGAAAAAUAUGGAAAAAAGGAGCCACCCUCAGAACUACAAGAUAGAGUAUCUGUAACUGUGCGAAGAGUAAAAACAACUCCUCCAAAAUCAAAUUCGAAGGAAGAACGUUUAUCUGAUAUUUCAAAUUUUGUUUUAGAAUCACCCAGGAAGAAUGUGCAAUCAAGUAUUAGUCUCUCAUCAACUCAGUCCUCAAAAAUAUCACCGGGUGUACGUGGAGCCUCAAUUUUUGUAAAAUCCUCUUCUGUGAGUAAUUCUAAAAGCAGUGGCAAGAAAAGUCGAGAAAACUCUACUCUGACCCUUCGUAGGAGCUCUUUCUCAUCCGAGAGAAAUGAAUCUUCACAAUCGCAGUGGUAUGACACUUCCCCAACAACUCCAAAAGGUGAUGGUCCUGUUAUCGAACUAAGUGAACAAUUGACACCAACAAGGCCGUUGCGAUCAGAAAUGGAAAAACGAUAUAGCCGACCUUCAAGUGGUCAGUUUCGCCACCAAACUCCUUCACCAACUGGAAUGAACAGAUCACCAAGCUCAUCACUGUAUUCUCUAUCAUUGCCAUCAACACCUUCAACAUUAUCUUGCAUUUCUCUUACUAACACUCAUGACAACGGAGAAGAGAAACCUCCUCCCCUGCCUCAGAAACAAGCUUAUGCAGAUUAUACUAAUAUAACUGAAGAUAUGCAGUUCAGUACAAUUCCACGUAAAAAUUCUGUGUCUUCCUUUACAUUACGUGCUAAAAAUAAGCCACCUCCACCACUACCAGUUAAAGAAGGAAACAUGUCAUCAAGUCCUAGAUCUUCAAUAGAUGAGACAAAUUCAGUUCCUGAACUUCCUGAAAGACCUACUAAAUCAUCAUCAACAGAGUCUCCAAGCAGUUGAUGAAAUUGCUAGUCAUUUUCAUUUCAUUUGCCAAAUGCAUGAACUGUGUCAUAGCUGUGAUGUUAUAUUUUUUCUCAAGAGUUUUUGUGCAUUUCUUGAAUAUGUUUAUAUGGUUUGUGUCAUUGUGAUUUUUAAUAUUGCAAUCAUCUAGUGUCAUUUGUUUUUAAAAAAAAGAGGAAAAAUUUAUUGUAUAAUUAUAUUUAUAAAGCAUGAUCUUGUCAGAUUAAACUAUAAAUGUAUCAUUAUUGCCAAUUUUGCUGAAGUUGUUUCACCGUACAGUAUUUAUGUACAUUGUUAUUAAACUUUUAAUUAUUGUUAAAUAAUUGUUGUAUUUUUCUUAGUAUAUUUACAUAAGUGCAUUUAAAGAAUAAUGAUACUAUUUUUCCAUUAAAAGUUUCUACAAUGACAAUGCAUUAAUAUAUAUUUUCAAUAUAUAUUAAUGCAUUUUCAUGCAUAUCUCAAAAGAUUGCUCAAUAAUGAAAUAUUUUUCUUACCUCUUUAUGAUCUUUUAUGAUAUAUUUUUUUAUCAGAAUUUAUUUUACUAGAACGCAAAGCAAAUUUAUGUUUUGUUCCUAAUUUUAUAAAUAAUAAAAAAGCUUUUUUUUAAAAUUUAUUUAAAAAAAUUUAUUUUAAUUAUAAAACAGU